GUAAGGCCACAAGAUGUUGCUUUACCAUGAACAGCAUCACUUAAGAAAGUUUCUCAGAUUAUUUCAUAGCUUGUCACACCAGGAUAGCAAUUUACAGCCAGGAAGUGAGCAGUUUGGGAUCAGUAAUAAAAAUCAUGUCACUCUAUCCUUCCUGUGGAAGAUAAGUGGGAUCAUUUCUGUGCAUUUAAAGUCUUGAAAGUAAUGUUCUGAUAGAUGCUCCCCUGGAUUUCCAUCUGAAUUUGGAACACAGCAAUACUGAUGAUUCUGGAAAAUCUGUACUCUGUUUCUCAGCUGAGAGCAGCAGAUUUGUGCUUUUAACACAUAUUUCCCCAUGAAAUGACUAAGAUAUCACACUGUAAAUCUUCGGAGCAGUAACAACACUUCUGCAUUCUUCCAACAGGGCCUAAUUCCACUGAAAUCAUUAGUCAGUCUUAGAAUGGUUUCAAGGGAAUAAGAUUAGAACCCACAGCAGGGCAUGUAACACAUUUAAAUAUGGUAAUGUUUUUCAGACAAAUUUGUUACAGAAAACUGGGAAUUUUGAGACAUUAUUGUAGCUUGAGAUUUCUACACCAACAUUGUAUUUAGUGUCCUGACAAGUUCAAUGCAAAAUGCCAUAGUCAAAGUAACACAAAUCAAAUCUGUGACUACCACUCAUUAUACUGACUUGGAAAUAAAUAGUUUGAGUUAGAUAGAUGAAUUUCUAACUCAGUAAAGGUUGACUUUUUUUCCAAGGAAAACUGGGAUUAUUGAAGGUUAGACAAUAUAAACUGUUAGUACUUUAUAAUGAAUCCGUGUUGCAUGGUUAUGGUACAGUUUUGCUGAAAUCAGUGGCAAAGCCCUAUUUUAAGAUACAGCAGAAUCAAACUGAUUGAGUGGGCCUGCAAUCUCAUGUAAAUUUGUAAUACUCUACACCACGUUUACUGAAAGGAAAGGGAAAUAAUGAUCUCAGCAUGCCAUCUGCCAACUCUCCGGCUGAAUGGAACAGACUAUGUCAGUCAAAGGGUGAGAUAUGUCUUUAAAUUACUUGUGUGGUUUUGGUUUUUCGUUCUGUCUUUUUGGGUUGCAUAGUAACAAUAUUCUGUAUGCAAAUUUGUAGCAUCUGUGCAGAAUGCAAGGUGUUAACAUGUUUGUAAAAAUUAAGAGUCCAAUUAAUCUUUCCUCUGCAGAGCUUUAAAAUUAAAUGGCUCCUUUCUUUUUGUUUUACCCCUUCUACUGUUUUUUAGAAAAAGUAAAGACAGAUUUGUGUCUUAGAACAGUGAUAGAUCAUAAAUUUGCCUGUUAGACUUCUCAAAUAAGUACCUAGUGUUUUCAAAUGGAGAAUAUAGCAGAAUUAAGUAAUUUGCAAAACAUAAGUGGCUUUCAAAGGUCAUAUAAUUCUGUCUCUGUGGUUAGUAGCUGCACACAGGGUAAUGUCUGUGAAUGAUUAUAUAUCUUCCAGUUAAACCACUGAACAAAGCCCUCAGUGUCAAAAAUCUUACUUGAUGGCUUGCAGAACUGCAUAAGAAAGAUUUAAAAUAGAGAACUAGAUAAAUUUUAAAAGACUUCAUACUUCAUCCUCUUGGCUCCCUAUAGCGAAGGUCUAUUGGAAUAUAUUCUACAGCUUAAAAAAUAGAAAAAGCUAAUAUAGGAUGGAUUAGACCAAGCCAGCUUCUAUACAGUGACAUACCUACCCCUAUAUAGUCACUAAAUAGUCAGCAGAGAGAAAUAGGCUCUCCCAGACAGUAAGUAAUCUGCUCUCUUUUACACACGUCUUAGGGUGAGAUGAAUCACCUCUCUCUGUGGUGAGUGAGCCAAAAAAUGGCUAGACAACCUCUCACUUUUAAAGCAGUUAAAGUUCGAUAACAUUAAUCCCAUUUCCUAAGAUAUAUUUUUUCCUAAUGAUACACUAUAUUUUGCCUUUGAUCUGCUUUGGCAAAUAAAACAUUUUAGAGGGAGGAAUCUGCAAGCAGUCCUGACUCAGACCAAGUUCACACUGACUCCAGUGGGAGAAAAGGGUGAGAAAACACUACAGGACUUCUCUUCUAGGAAGGAAGAGCACCCUGCUUGGCCAGUUUUCAUCUCCUUAUCCAGCACAUUUUUAUAUAAGGCAGUGUGUGACAGGAAAACCACUUAACAAUGAAAAAAUUCACACUGUUUGAUUUUGUUAAUGAUAAUUCACUGCAAAUUGGAGAAACUUCAUGGAUACAGGACCUUCCCAGUGAUGACAAUGAACUAGAAAGACUUCUGAAACCAAAUGAGCAUGUACUAGUAAACUGGCCUGUGGGAGAAAGAAAGACAGAAAAGCACCUGGUGAAAGUUGUGUACAUGAGUGAUGACCCCCAGGAGCUGGUGGAAAUGAUGCAAAAGAUAUUACGAGCAGAUGAAAUUACAAACAUACAAGUCCUUGGAAAAGGCAAGAGGAAAAGGAUAGAAAUGAUAUUCUCAGAGAGUGAAGACAGUGACCUGGAUAAAGAACAGGGGAAGAUGAUGAGGCAUGUAAAAAGAAAGAAAUCAUUGCAGGCAUCAGCUCCUGCCAACAUCCUGAGUCAACUUGAAACAUCUUUAAUUAACAAACAGAGAGAAACAUAUUCAGGAAGCAACUUUCUGUACAGUGAAAGUAGCAGUGAUGAUGAAGAGCCUUUAUUUCAACUAUCCAAGGUAGAACUGUGUGCCAAAAUAAAAAGUCUCAAGAGGAAGCUGACAGAUACCAGGAGAGAAAACUGCCGCCUAAGACAGGCCCUGGUGAUGCUUCAAGUGUUGCCACAGGCAGUCACCCAUUUUGAGGAACUUGUAGGGAUGGCUGAAGCACUGCUGAAAGGGGGAGUGACAUCCUCUGCGUCCAGUCUGCAUCCACAUGCUGUUUGGAAAGCAUCUAACAACCCGUUAGCAGAUUCAUAUGUGGCUGUGCAUAGUAAUUCCAGCUCACCAAUAACUUUGAAUGUGGAAGAUGAGGAGCAACAGGCUGAAAAACAGUUCAAGAUCGAAAAGUGGCAGAUUGCACUUUGUAACAAGAGCAAACCUCAGAAGUUUAUAAAUGAUUUGAUGCAAGCACUUUAUACACAUGAAUACAUGGCUACACACAGCCUGACAGGUGCAAAGUCCUCCUCUUCAAAGGAUAAAGCAGCAAAACCAGCUAUGAAUCAAAAUGAAGUUCAGGAAAUCAUAGGAAUCACAAAACAGUUAUUUCCAAACACAGAUGAUGCCUUAAUUAGGCGAAUGAUGGGACAAAAACUGAACAAUUGCACCAAGAAGCCAAUUUUAAGCAAAGACCUUAACUCAGGUGCUUUCCAGAAGAAUAGCUUUUGUGGUUCAACAGCUGCUCCUCAGGGCAUCAUCCCUUCAGCCAUGCCUCCCAGCACCCAAGACCAGCAGGAUGAUGAUUCACCAGCUGCUAAUGCACUAUUUCAGCAGAGUGACAGCUGUCUGACUCGCACCACACAAGAUCAGCAGGAGUGUUUCAAACCCACUUCUUCUAAGGUGGAGUCUCAUCUUGCCAGAAGCUCACCAGCACCCUCUCCCAACCAGGGCUGCGGACAGAAUAUCAGGAAUUCAGACAAGGAAUAACAGAAGGUACUUUGUACCAGCUCAAAUUCUCAACCGAGAUUAAGGAAUAGUAUAAAAUAAAAAAAAGAUAAUAUCUAAAUGGGCGUAGCAACAGUGGACAGAGAUACAGCAAGCAGAAUAGAAGACAGAACCAUUUUUGCAAACAAUAUAAAAUCCUACAGCCUAGAAAACAAUGAAGGUAUAUUAAUAUAUUUGGCUUUACGGUAUUAUUAAAUAUAUGCAUGUUAUGCAGUAAUUCAAAAAAUAUAAACUUGUUUUGAAGAAUAUAAGAAGAGUUCUCCUUAGUUAGGAAAAAGCCAUUACUUUAAGUAAUACCAAAAGAAUGUGUAAGAGGAACCUUAAUCCCCUUGCUUUCACCUUGACAGCUGAUGGAAAAACACUUGACUGAUCACAGAAAGCUAUUGCAUAUUAAUACAAAAAAAAGAGAGAGAGGUAUGAAAAGAGAGCAGAAAGAUUUCCUGAUGAAAUAAAGACCAUGACCAGCACAGGGUUAGAAAGCACAGGGCUGCAUGAGCAGAGAAGAAAUAAGUAUUUAAGGAUGCUGUUAAUUUGGAAAGAAGAAAACAUUCUUAGGGCAAUGAAACUUCAGCUCUCAAAAUGUGUGCAGAAAGAAGCAGCUUAUUUUUAACCUCUGAAAGUUGGAAAGGCAAUUAAAGAAGCCCUGUUCCCUCUUAGCUCAGGGAAGAGUCCUCCAGGAUGCCCUCUUUGGUUCUGGAGGCCAGGGCUUCUCUCAGGCAAUCUGCUGCUGGUACUCUGCUGGUUUGGCAGCUUUCACUCUCCUUCUGUGUGAACAUCAUGUCCAUAGGAUAAGAGCACCAAGUCCCUCCAGUUGGGAAAUGGAGGACAGCCUCUUGGCAGAGAUGCCAGCCUCUGUGGUUUGAUUUUGGCAUGCUACCUCUUGCUUAGAGAGAGGGUGGACAAGAAGAGCAUUCGUCAUGGGAUUAGGACCAGAAAAAUCCCAGCAACUGGGUAGUUCCUCUUGAGAUCUGACACCACUUGUCCAAGGAACAGCUGAAAGUCAUACUGUAACUGCCUGAGGAGAAGGGUAUGUAUAUAUUUUUCCUCAUGGACUGAUUCCAGGUCUACAGUGUGCCUGUAGCAUGGGAAGGAGAGAACGCUUGGAUUAUAGCUUUUGUUCUUCAGUGUACUUCUCCCAGAACAGAAAGUACUAAUAGUUAAAUCUAUUUCAUACAUGGCAAGCAAGCAACUAAGGAAGCAAAAUUUAAAAAAACCAAAACCAACCAACCAACAAAAAACCCAAACAAACAAACAAGAAUCCACAACAUGAAGCUGAAGAAAUACAGCUUGAUUUGAGGAUUUCUAGAACCCAGGAGAUAUCAAUUAUAGAAAUAAAUUAGAAGUAGUAUUAGGGUGAAUGCUGGAGAAAAAAAUCUGAAUAGAAGGUUAGCAGCUAAAUACCUUGAAAGGGGAGUGCUGCAAACCUAACUACUACAACAAUGCACUAAUGCACUGUGGAGAAGACUUGUGUGGGCUGGCAUAUGAGUCAAGUGAUCUGCUAGCAUUUUUCAUCUCUCAUGUCUUAUCAAUUUCUUGAAGACAGGAUCAGGAUGAAAGCAGGUAUGAAAUAUGAUGGAAGUUCCAUGUCAUAUUAUCUAACCACCAUUCUACAAUGUAACAAAGGGAUGUUUGCUAUUAUGUACAUUUUGUAUAUGUAAUUGUAUGUACAGCAUAUAAGAAUGUAUAUAGUUAAUAAUAUUUUUGAAACAACUUUCUAUCAAAUAAAA